GAAAUCCAAUGAGAGUGGAGCCUAGUGGUCGGCUUUCGGGUUACUGAGUUACUGAGAGAUUUUAAGGUGCAAUUAGACAAUAAAUUGGAGCUAAAGAUUUUAGAGAGGUGAUGAUAAGUGGAAUCUAUCGACGAUAAUGGCCUCGGCACUAGAGCAGUUUGUAAAUAAUGUCCAGACUCUUUCGACUCAAGGAAAUUUUCGGGAAUUAUGCGAUGUCAUUGGUAAAUCUACUGAGGUGCUUAUGAAAAAUGCCCAGCACUUGGAUAAUGUCUUGGAGACCUUGGAUCUCCAGCAGCACUCGCUAGGAAUACUGGCAGUUCUCUGUGUGAAAUUCUCGCUUCCAAAUCCAGCAGGAAGCAACAAUGCUGACGCUUAUAAGACACUGUUCAAUCAGGUGCAUGAAUUCAUCACUGGAUGCAAUGGAGAGCAAGUGCGAUUUGCUCCUGAGAUAUAUGCAGAUCUGUGUCAUCUGGUAACUCAAGUAAUGGUAGAGCUAUCGUGGCCGAUUGGAGGUAUCGAUCUCCUUCGUCGUGCCAUCAGAAAGAUUCAACUUUUUGACAGCCAAUUGACAUCGAUACACGCAGACCUCUGCCAGCUCUGUCUGCUAUCCAAGUGUUUCAAACCAGCCCUCGAAUUCCUCGACACAGAUAUAACGAAUAUUAGUCAAGAGGGGGGACAAUUUGAUUCCAAGUAUUUUCUCCUCUAUUACUACUAUGGUGGAAUGAUCUACACAGCGUUGAAAAAUUACGACCGAGCCCUGUAUUUCUUCGAGGUAUGCGUGACACUGCCUGCAAUGGCUGUCAGUCACAUUAUGCUCGAGGCGUAUAAGAAGUUUAUUCUGGUGUCAUUGAUACUCCAUGGAAAGAUCAUCCCCAUCCCAAAAUACGCGAGUCCAGUACUGAUAAGAUUCAUCAGGCCACUCAGUCAGCCAUAUCAGGAGCUUGCUGCUGCGUACCAGACGCACAGCUGUGACGAAGUCCAGGGGGUUAUCACUAAAUAUCAAGAAUUAUUCACUAGGGAUCACAAUCUCGGACUGGUUAAGCAGGUUCUGGGCUAUCUGUACAAGAAAAACAUUCAGAGACUUACUAAAACAUUCUUGACACUUAGUCUUAGUGAUGUUGCCAGUCGAGUGCAACUUGCUGGACCUGCAGAUGCUGAGAAGUAUAUUCUCAAUAUGAUUGAAGAUGGGGAGAUAUUCGCAACAAUCAACCAGAAAGACGGCAUGGUAGUGUUUCACGAUGAUCCAGAGAAAUACAACUCUCCACAUAUGCUCGCACGUCUCGAGAAACAAAUGGCAGCAUGCGCAGAUCUCGACAAACGUGUGCUCGAAAUGGAGGAGGAGGUGAUUGUGAUGCCUCAGUAUGUACGAAAAGUAUGUGGCCAGAGCGAUCAGGAUGACUCAACCACUGGGCAACCAUCCAGUAACGCCACCAAUGCCCAGAGUCAACCCAAAAUCAACGCUUACUCUAUGUAACAUCAAUAUUUUGCACAUUAUUUUUUCUCAUCUGAGUUGAAAAGAGGGAGUAUAGAAAUCCAUAAAUUCAGCAUUAAUCUUCGUUUAAGAUAGUUCUCAUGUUAUUUAUGUGAAACUUUGAUUUGUGAUGAUUACAACAAACAUUCAAGGGUUCAAUUUCAAUCGCAAAAAGCGCUGGACACGAGGACGUGAAAUUAAAACUAACACUAUCUCCAAAAUAAUAAA